AUGGCGUUGGCAACAUCCAGAAACUGCUGCAGACAGUUCCUACGGGGGUCAUCUCGACCCUAUGCAGCUUCAACUCCAGUAACGCCGCCGUCUUUCCUACUACCUACGUUUUCGAGACCGCAAGCUCUAUCAUUCUCUACAUCGGCACCAAGACAAUCGCGAAUCGGCGCUGCACCUAUUGCAGUGCCGCCAGAGGUGUCACUAAAAUUUCGCGACCUUCCUCUGGAUAAGACUACGUCGAAAGUGAAGGCAGAAUAUACACCUGUUACUGCGGUCGAUAUAACUGGGCCCCUGGGUUCAUUGACCUUAAAGAUACCACCAUUUUCGACGUUAAAAUAUGACCCCGAGUCGAGAAAGGCUUCGUUUGAAGUGCGGGAUUCGACCAUCAAACACCAGGCUGCUAUGUGGGGGACCAUUCGACAGCAUCUACGAAAUUAUAUUCUGGGCGUUUCUGAGGGUCAUAUAUGCAUCUUGAAGCUGGUGGGAGUCGGUUUCCGUGUGUCUGUCGAAUCGACUGCGGUAACUCUCACCCCUGAGUAUCCUGGGCAGCAAUUCGUUUCCCUAAAAGUCGGAUUCGCACACCCUGUUGAGCUCGGCAUUCCCAAGGGGGUAAAGGCUCGUACGACUCAGCCAACGACAUUGCUUCUCGAGAGUAUCGACAAGGAGGUAGUGACACAGUUUGCGGCUGAUAUCAGAAAAUGGAGGCCUCCAGAGCCUUAUAAAGGCAAAGGAAUUUUCGUCAACGGAGAAACCAUCAAACUAAAGGCGAAGAAGAUCAAGUAG